AUGCUUGCGUUGGUGUGGGCCUUGCAUGAAUUUCGACCCUACCAUUACAAACGUUGGUUAAAAGUUCGUACUCAUCACAGCUGCCUCCGUUGGCUGAGGUACUUCCGUGAGUCAAAAGGGCAAAUAGCUCACUGGUUGGAAAGGCUGGCCAAAAUGGACUUCACUGUCGAACAUAGACCAAGUCAUGUGCCUAGUAAUGAUGAUUCCGUAGAUGCCUAG